AUGUCGUCGCAACUGCCAGCUGCUGCAAGCGGGACUCGGUGGCAAGUGUGCGGGGCAACUCGGCCAGCAGCCAGCGGCCGGCGGCCAAUGGCGGUUCGCCGAGGCCACGCCCCGUGCCUCAAUUACCGACCAGUGCUGCCCAUCGGCGGGCAGAGCGAAACCUGUUUCCACGAGCGAGAGGUAGCGAGGCGCAUGUGCGGCCAGAGCGGGACGGAAGUCGCAAGGGUGGACCAACCAGAAGAGGCAGGUUGCUGGUAUUGUAUGGUAUUAUGGUAUUAUGGUAGGUUAGGUUCAAACAAGGUGGCAAACUGGCUCUUAACCGAAAUAGGAAGGAAAUCGGCAGCGGCGUCGACGUCGGGCAACUGGUUUGACUUCUUUCCGGCUCACUCCAACCGCCCGAAACCACCAGCAAUCGGCAGAGGCAGAGGCAGCCUCUGCGGCAGAGGACAGGCAGAGCAGCGGCCGUCGGCACAAUUUGAUUGCAUUUAUGAAAAGCGUUUUCGGCCGCCAGCACGCGUCCGCUCCCAGCUCGCAAUUCGCCAUCCGCCAUCCGCCAUCCGCCAUCCGUAAUCCGUAAUC